AAGAGGAGGAGGAGGAGGAGGAAGAAGAAGAAGAAGAGGAGGAGGAAGAAGAAGAAAGGAGGAGGGGGAGGAGUGAAGGUGUGUUUCCUCCUCUGCGGCUUUCCCUGAGAAGCGACCUUCCUCUACCCCUCCUCCGCCAUGGCCUCGGAGGGGAAAAGGGAGCCCAAUAACGAGGGCGGCAUCAAGUUAUCAGCAGAUGUCAAACCGUUUGUCCCAAAAUAUGCUGUGCUUAAUGUGGCAUGGUCAGAAUCCUCAGGCGCAUGUGUCUUCCCUAACUUCGCAACUACAUGCUAUCCAUUUGUUCAGGAACUACCUGUGACUGAACAGAAGGCUUAUACUGAAGAUGUCUCUCUUGGAUCUUCUUCACCUUUCUCAUCUCAAUAUUCAUCUCCUGAUACUGCUGUUGAUCACCAGUGCACCUCUUCUCACUCGUCUGUGUCUCCACAAAGUGUUUGUUCAGUACCUGGCUCACAGUAUGAUUAUAAUCAUCCCAAAUAUUAUAGUAAUGUGCGAAUAGUUAAAUCCAGAAAUGAACAAAUUUGUUCUCUUCCUCAAGAAACUAAAAGUCUGUUUAAGAAAGGAACAACAUGUGAUGAGCAAAAAUUAAAUAAUAAAAGGAUCGAAGGAAGUUCAUCCUCUGUUAUAAAACCAGUUCAAGGUUCACAUCAGAUAUCUACCCACACUGAAGGUAGUUCAAAAUCAGAGAUUUAUCAUAAACGUGCAGACAGGAAACCUAAAACCAAUCGAAAAAAUGUGUCUCCUUCCAAACCUGAAUUUGAACUUAAGCUGUUGGAUUUUCCUAAACUACAAGGUUCUGAGAACAGUGACAUGCCAGAAUUACAAAAGCAACCCAAAUGGGGACCUUUGAGCUCCACUGCUAGUGAUAUAUCCCUCUUAAGAGAAGUGGUGAAACCUACAUUACCAAAGGAAGAAUUAGUUGUGAAAGCUGAAACAGCUACAUCUGAGCCUGAAAAUGAUGCGAAUUCCCCUUCCUCUACAAGAGAACUCUCUUGGACACCAAUGGGUUAUGUUGUUCGGCCAACAACCACUGAAGCACCAGCCCUUAAAAAUGUUACUACACUGAUAAACACAAAGAAAAAUGGUUCAUCAGUAACCCCUAAAAAAGUUACUGCAUCAUUCUCUUCACCUGAAGUUCUAACUACCAAUGCUUACAACAAAGAAAAGCAAAUAGCUCGGAAUCAUAAAAAGACGAAAACCAACAAUGUAUGUGAAAUUGACCAGGAAGAAAUGAAAAAAAACAAGAAAAAGAAAAAGAAGCCUAAAGCAAAUUAUGAAACUCUUAUGGUCCAGGAACCACCAAGGAUUGAAGAUAUUGAAGAGUUUCCUAAUCUGACAGUUGCUUCUGAAAAAAAAAACAAAGUGGAGCCACCAAAAUGUUUUUCUAAACAACAACCAGAGGAUUCUGAAGAAGUUGUUAGCCGCACACUGACUUCUGACAGAAGAAAUGGACUGCAGUCAUCCAAAUUUCACUCUAAACAGCAACCAGAGAUUGCUACAAAAAAGUUUGGGAAGAAGAGUCAAAUUCCAGUGAAGUUGGAUUUGGGAGGAAUGCUUGCUGCAUUGGAAAAAAAGCAGCAUUCACAGAAUUCAAAACAGUCUUCUAAACCUGUUGUAGUUUCUGUUGGUGCAGUACCAGUACUUUCCAAAGAAUUAGCAACAUCAGUGAAAAAUCACCGGUUAAAUCAAGUGAUGUCUCCUCAUAAUCCAUUGGAUUCUAGUUCUCCUUUAAUAAAGAAAGGCAAGCAAAGGGAAGUACCAAAGGCCAAAAAGCCAACAUCCCUGAAAAAGAUUAUUUUGAAAGAGCGAGAAGAAAGAAAACAGAAACAUCUUUUAGAACAGCUUUCAGUUCCAGCAUUUGCUCAGAGGAUUGAGCAAGAUUCAGUGCAUAACAACAAUCAAUCACCUGAUCAAGUUACACAGUCAGAUUUUGAGCAAAUAGAAGAAACAGAAGAAUCAGUCCCUGAGUCUUCUACUGUUGAAGUGGAAAACACAUCAGAAAAACCCCUAGAUAGCCAUGCACUCCAGCAUGAUGCAGAAGUUUACCCCAUUGUUUCACAGCCAGUUUCUCCUUUUCCAAAGAUCCAUAGUAGGAGAUUCAGAGAUUAUUGCAGUCAAAUGCUUAGUAAAGAAGUUGAUGAUUGUGUGAUGGAUCUUCUAAAAGAAUUGGUUCGUUUUCAAGAUCGUAUGUAUCAGAAAGAUCCAGUAAAGGCAAAGACCAAACGCCGGCUCGUCAUGGGACUCAGAGAAGUUCUCAAACAUUUGAAACUCAAAAAACUAAAAUGUGUUAUUAUUUCUCCAAACUGUGAAAAAAGCAAAUCAAAAGGUGGGUUAGAUGAGACAUUGCAUACCAUUAUUGAUUAUGCCUGUGAACAGAAUGUCCCAUUUGUGUUUGCUCUCAAUCGAAAAGCUCUGGGACGGAGUGUCAACAAAGUAGUACCAGUCAGUGUGGUGGGAAUUUUUAGCUAUGAUGGUGCACAGGAUCAGUUUCACAAAAUGAUAGAGCUUACAAUGGAAGCCAGGCAGGCAUAUAAGGUUAUGUUAUCAACUUUAAAAGAAGGAACUGAAGCACUAGAGUCGGAGAAUCCCAUAUCCUCCUUGCUUACUCCUCCUGUCGAAAGUUGCUCUUCAGAAACUAGUAAAACAACCGAUACAACAAAAGAUGAAGAACCCAAUUACAUUAAAAUCUGGAAGAAAAAUCUUGAAGAAUAUAAUCCAUAUGCACUGGAACUAGAGCAGAAUUCAACCUCUGAAAUGCUGAACUUGAAUUUAUGAGAAAAGAAUACUUGGUUUGGGGUGGGGAGGUAGGGAAAAAAAUGAUCAUUUUGUGUUCUGUCCCCUUUUUCUCUUCAAUUCUUUAUGGACAUUUUAAAAUAUUUUGUAUGAAUAUUUAAUUUCAAAAUUAACUCAUGGUUUAAUACAGUAUUUGUUGAUAAAUUAUAUAAUAAGCACCAGGCUAUUAAUAUUUUACAAUGAAUAAUAAGUUAAGAGUUACUAACACUUUUCUCAAAAGCCUUUUCAUAAUAUAAUGUUUUAUUGAUUUGGUAAAAGUGUGGGUUAUACUAUAGAUCUAUGAAAUACUAGAAAAUAAUUCCCAGAUGCUAAAACAGUUCAGUUUUUACUUUUUAAAUAUAAAUUUAUAGAUGAGUAAACCAAGUUAUUUAGUUCUCAAAGAACUGGCUAUUUUGUAGACAGACAUUAUGCUAAUCAUGAGAAUUUUUAGCAGGAAAAAAUAAUCCCAAAUUCUUUGCUUUGAAGCUUCAUUUUAUCCCUGUCCUUAACUUGGAACCAAUGCAGUUAUGUAGGCUUUUCCCCCCUCCAUUAUUAUUGUUGUUUUUUUAUGGGAGUAUCAUAUACUGAAUGUAUUGAAGAUCCAAGGAUUAAGAAAAAUUAAAAUAUUCUGUGGGGGUCCUGGAAUUUUAGCGAGUUUAAUUGUAAAAACUAUUGAGUAUGGUUAGAAAAGUUGCUAUGAAGAACUUUAACCCACUGUCAUAAGUAAUUUUUAAACUUUUAGUCUGUUAUGUUUUUUUUUUAAUCAACAUAGUAUAGGUUAUAAAAAACACUUAAAAUUUUUGAAUUGGCUUGAUAAUUUAAUCUAAAAAAAUUUUUAAGAGCAAAAAGAAAAGAUGAAAAUUGAUUUCCUUUAUUCUUUAAAUUAGAAGAGGAACAUGCUACUUUUUUAAAAGAUUGUCAUUCUGUUCUGGAAAUUAUUAGCCAAAAUAUAGGAAGUUGGGAGGUGGUGCUGUGAGAAAAGAAUUCUUUAAUAUAAUCUCAAAGAAGAUGAAGUUUGCUCACUAAUAUUUUGAAGUAGGGGGUUAAUUUUAGGUAACUCCUAAAACAUCUUCCUAAGUAGGGCUGAUUGAGUUUGACUUGAAUUCACUUUGCCACGUAUGUUUUACCAAAUUAAGUCUAAUGUAAAAUUUUAAUAUGUACUCUGCAUAUCAAACUAGCAGAGCAUUUUUAGCUUUGAAAAUAUGGUUAGUUGAAACAGAUCAUUUCUAGGAAAAUAUUUCACAUGAUGAGCUAUUUUUAAAGGAAAAAUUAAACUAAAAUAGGUUUUUUCUUUGGACUCUGUCCAUGCUGACAGCAGUAGUAGGUAUAGGGCUGUAUUUUGUGCUCUAACCUUUAAAGCAAACUGCUACUCUAGAAUACUCGACAAUACUUAAGGAAAAGGCAAGUCAAUCUGUUCACAGACUCCAUAGAUUAGCAUUGGAGCUUCUCUCUUUUUUCUCUUGUUUUGGUGAUCACAUUUUAUAGAGAAGUUUCUUUGAAUUUCCCCUCCCCCUAUCAUUGUGGCAGAAGAAUAAAUCUUACUGGCCUAGUGUAAAUAAAUAUAGAACAUAAUUCUGAAAUUUUAGAUGCUAAACAUAAUUUGUUUUAAUAUAAGGAAGAUUUAAUAUAUAAUAAUCAUCUCCCGAAUAAUCGUAGUAUGGUAUACCUUCAGCUACAUUAUUCCUUGAAACCCAGUACCCUGUAAUUUAAAAACUAAAAUGAUAAUUUAAAACAUCUUUACUGUCUUCUAGAAAAAAGCUGCUAUUAACUACCUUUUUAAAAAAAAUUUCUAAGCCAAUAGUAUUAACUAUUAUUAUAGUACUUUUUCAAAAACCUCAAACUUAGUAGUACUAGAUGUUAAUGUUUGUAAGAUACAAAACACUUUCCUACUCAAUUCUGCAAGACCUCAUUCAGAUAGGGUUGUUCCUUUAGGCUUCAUGACAGUAUCAUUGAAAAAUAAUUAAAAUGGACCAAGAUUUUACAAGGAAUCAACAUAAAAUAAUUUACCAUGUACAUGGUGUUAAUUUCAUUAAGAUAUAUAAUGGGUACAGCUUUCUAUAAAAAAUAAAUGCAUGUAACAAGA